CUUGUUGUGAGCCGGAAAAUUUGCAAAUAUUACGUUUUGCUUCAGGUAUGAAGGGAUUUGAACCCUCUACAGGGCAUGCUUCUGAAAUAGCCGUUCCUGGACUAUUUCCGCUCUUCAUCGUACAUAUUUCACUCAAUUGGACAUCCCAUAUAUUUAGUUUAUCUAUCCAAUGUUAUUUAUUUAUUUAUUUAUUUGAACACAUAAAUAUUGGUACAAGAGAGCGCCAAUAUAUAUGCGCCACACAAAACAAUGGGAAUUCGAAGAGAAGUAGAAAGAAAAAAAAAACUAAGGAACGCAAAAGAAAAAGAGAGUAAUGACGAAGAGGUACAAUCAGAAGAAAUCUUUCAGGUAAAGGAGACACAACCACUUUUUAUGAAGAAAGUAAAAGAAGGUUACAGCAGGAUCGCCAAUGACUUCUAUUCUGAGCCAUAUCUGAUAACGUCUCUAGCCACUGUGUAGCACCAUCUCUCGGACCCCAGCCAGGGAGUCGUGAAGGACCAACACAAGCCAGUCCUUUCCAGCUUUCUUUCAUGCCACGACACCAUGUCAUGCACUGACCACCUCUCCGCUUCUUCCAACCAGUCCCAGAGUCGGCAAAUAGUGCACGACGUGGAAUUCUCUGGGACAACAUUCGGAGAACAUGUCCAAGCCACCGAAGUCGGUGUUUCAAGAUGGUGACACCAAUUGAGUUAUCAUCUCUGUGCCC